GGUAAAUGUGGGUCUCGACAACUGCGGAGACGGACCGAUAUCGCCUUUGUUCCCUUAUCGUUAUCAUUAUCAAUAGUCCCUCCGCAUGCACCACAAGGUCCUCAUAACACCCAGCCCCGUUGCAGCCUGCGACUCCUUUGCCUGAAUACUAUCAUUACCCUCUUGUCCUCAGACCUUGCAUCGCCGCAGACUUUCAUCAUGGGCAACUCACAAUCAUCCGGAAGGGUCAAUGAGCCCGCUGUUAAGCAGAUCCUCGCCCAACAACUCGCCAAUCUCCGCACAGGCGAUAAGAUCAGACAACUCGAAGUCGAGAAAGAGUACAUUCACGUCGACGCCGAGAAGGGCAUCCCACACUCCUACUCUACUGAUCCCACACUAUCCGUCAAGGCAGCCGAGUCCUGGGAGAAAGAACUGCUCGCCGACCCCAAGAACCGACUGGCACUCAACGCUCUCCUCUCCAAUGAUCUACGCUCCGUUAUCACGAACAAGGUCGCUACCCUGACCGAUACGCAGACAUUCAAUGUCAAGAUACCGCUCGAAGGCUCCCCAGUCACAAACCAACGGUCUUCCGGAAGAUGUUGGCUCUUCGCGACCACGAACGUGCUGCGAGUAGCGAUCAUGAAGAAAUACAACCUCAAAGAAUUCGAGUUGAGCCAGGCAUAUCUGUUCUUCUGGGACAAACUCGAGAAGGCCAAUUGGUUCCUCGAGCAGAUCGUCGACACCGCAGGCGAAGACCUGGACAGCAGGAUCGUUCAGGAAUUGCUGGGCGCACCUGUCAACGACGGUGGUCAGUGGGAUAUGGCAGCUAACCUCGUAGCAAAGUAUGGUCUGCUGCCCCAGAAACUCUACCCCGACUCAUACAAUGCCAUGAACUCAUCCUCCAUGGGCUCUAUCCUGACCACUAAACUGCGUGAAGACGGCCUCAUCCUGCGCCAAAUGCUCAAUAACCCUUCUAUCAAGAGAUCCUCCAUCGUCGCCGCGAAGGCCAAGAUGAUGCAAGAAGUCCACGCCGUGCUGACGCUCAUGCUCGGCCCGCCACCCAAGCCCGACGAGAAAUUCACAUGGGAAUACUACGAUGCCAACGACAAGUACCACAAAGUGGUCAAGACGCCGGUGGAGUUGGCCUCGGACCUGUCGAGCCCGAGCAUUGUGCGUACCCUGAAUGCUAACGUCAGCGAAUUGUUCAGUCUGGUCAAUGAUCCCAGGAACAAGUACAACCAGCUCAUGACCGUCGAGAGACUGGGCAACGUCGUCGGUGGCCGGCCUGUGACGUACGUUAACGUCGAUAUGACGACCAUGAAGAAAGCUGCAAUCGCCAUGUUGCGGGCCGGCUUGCCUGUGUUCUUUGGUAGUGACGUCGGCAAGUUCUCGAACAGCACUUCCGGCAUCAUGGACCCCGCGCUGUACGACUAUGGUCUUGCCUUCAAUAUCAACCUCGGCAUGAGCAAGAGUCAGAGGCUGAAGGUGCGCGAGUCGGCUAUGACGCACGCUAUGGUCCUGACGGCGGUGCAAGUCGAAGACGGAAAGAGCGUGCGCUGGCGUGUCAUGAACUCCUGGGGUGAGGGUCCUGGAGAGAAAGGAUACUUUGUCAUGACGGAUAAAUGGAUGGAUGAGUUUGUGUACCAAGUCGUGGUUGACCCAGGCUUCGUCGGUAAGGAGAUCAAGGACGUCCUCAAGACAGAGCCUCUGGUCCUGCCGCGAUGGGAUCCAAUGGGUGCGUUGGCUUAGGUUGGAUUUGAGGAAGACUUGGAUACU